UCUUUAAGCUGUCAUUCGCCAGCACGUUGCUUACACACGUUUUAUCCACCACCUAUCGCCGCUAAAUGAACUGGGAAAUAAGAAAUGGCAGAAGAAUUAAUAAAUAAUUUUGAAAGGGGCGGUGGGUAGAAAAAUGACACUGAGUUUAUUUGUCAUCCCAAUGCAGAUGCGGGGGUGGGUGGGAUUUCACGAAAAUUCCCACUCCACAGCUUAUAUCAGCCUAGAAGCCUGACUGGCUUUAACUCUCCCACGCGCUGCCUUUUUAUAAGAAUUACAGGAGGAAGCGAACCAAAGGAUUUUGCGUCGUGAUUCUCUAAGUUUAAAAGUCUGGAGUUGUGCGACCGUUAACACAUUACAUCACCUUCUGGGUUCUAUGCCUGGUGUAUUAAACGAAACGCUAGGUGGCAACACUGACGAGGCGGGGAGAGAGAAAAAUAAAUUACGUCAAGGGAAAGUACGGGUGAUCAUUCAUGGCAUUUUGUAGACCUCGGUGAGAGGAGCGGAGGCUGAUACAGCCGCAGUGUCGCGCGGAGGGGCAGGAGGAGUCAUUCUGCGCGGGGGCGAGCUCCGCCGCGUGUCCAGACACUCAUCUUCAUUCCAUUUCACCGCCGCGGCUGCUUUGCCAGAUGCGAGUGGACUCCGGCGAGGUCUGGUCGAGGCUCCGUCUCCACGGAAGAAGAGGAUGGGUUGCGCCGGAGUGCAGGGAGCGGUUUCAGGCACGGGCUCGCUAGCCCCCCGUCCAAUUUACCCGGACGCUAGAUGGCAACCGUAUUUGGGGUAGAGUCAGAGGACAGGUGUCUAGGAAGUGACGUCACUAACCCCGGAAGCCGGAGGUGGGAGCUUCAGAGAGCAAGAUGGCAGCGAAAUCUGAUGGUCUGGGGGUCGUCACCGGUUUCGCCCAACUGCACAACCUGGACGAAACGGCGUGUAACGGCGAGGAGGACCCCGCGGAGGGCAGCUCUUUCCACAUCUGUCACUGCUGCAACACCUCGUCGUGCUACUGGGGCUGCCGGAGCGCCUGUCUGCGGUACCUCCUGGGUAAGGGGAAGGACGCCAGGCGGCCGCCGCAGGAGGAGCGCCUGUGGCUGGACUGCCUGUGGAUCAUCCUCGCGCUGCUGGUCUUCUUCUGGGACGUUGGCACGGACCUGUGGCUGGCCGUUGACUACUACUCCAAGCGGGACUACCUUUGGUUCGGGCUGACGCUGUUCUUCGUGCUCGUGCCGUCGGUGCUGGUCCAGAUCCUGAGCUUCAGGUGGUUCGUGCAGGAUUACACCGGGGGAGGACUCGGGGCAGUGGAGGGGCUAAGCAGCCGGAGAGCAGCGGCCGGACUGGGCACCGGCGCCCACGGGAAAGGCAGGUGCUGUCGGAUAUCGGUGUGGAUCUGGCAGUCAGUUAUCCACAUUCUGCAGAUGGGACAAGUAUGGAGGUAUAUCCGCACCAUGUACCUGGGCAUACAGAGCCGACGGCAGAAGGACCACCGGCGGCGGAUCUACUGGGCGAUGAUGUACGAGUACGCCGACGUCAGCAUGCUGCGGCUGCUGGAGAGCUUCCUGGAGAGCGCCCCCCAGCUGGUCCUCCAGCUCUGCAUCAUGAUCCAGAAGAACCGCGCCGAGACUCUGCAGUGUGUGUCGUCCGUGGGCUCCCUGCUCUCGCUGGCCUGGGUGCUGGCCUCGUACCACAAGCUGCUGCGCGACUCGCGCGACGACAAGAAGAGCAUGAGCUACCGCGGCGCGCUGAUCCACCUGUUCUGGCGCCUCUUCACCAUCUCCUCGCGCGUGCUCUCCUUCGCCCUCUUCGCCUCCGUCUUCCACCUGUACUUCGGCGUCUUCGUGGCGGUGCACUGGUGCGCCAUGACCUUCUGGGUGGUGCACGGCGGCACCGACUUCUGCAUGUCCAAGUGGGAGGAGGUGCUGUUCAACACGGCGGUGGGCGUGGUCUACGUCUUCUGCUGGUUCAGCGUGAAGGAGGGCCGCACGCGGUGGCGCAUGCUGGCGUACUACUCCCUGGUGCUGGCGGAGAACGCGGCGCUGACCGGGCUGUGGUACGCGUACCGCGACCCCGCCACCACCGACGCCUACGCCGCCCCGGCGCUCUGCGGCGUCUACCUGAGCUUCGCCUCGGGCGUGGCCUUCAUGCUGCUGUACUACGGCGCGCUGCACCCCGCCGGCCCCCGCGUCCGCCUGCUGGCCAGCUCCUGCUGCGCCGAGCUCCUGUGGGGGCUGCCGCUGCCCCCCGAGGCCGAGCCCAUGGCGCCCCCCACGCCGGGGCCCCGCGGCUCGCAGGCCACGCCCACCCGCGGCUCCGUGGGCGAGCAGGCCCACCAGGAGGACGACCUGGCCGCCGACACCUGCCUGCCCGUGUUCCAGGUGAGGUCCACCAUGCCGGCGGCGGCCCGGGGGCGGGGCUACCGGCCGGAGGGGCCGCUCAUUAAGAUCGACAUGCCCAGGAAGUGCUACCCGGCCUGGGACGCCCACUUUGUGGACCGGCGCCUGCGCAGGACCGUUAGCAUCCUGCAGUACAUCACGCCCAGCGCCACGGGCAUCCGGUACCGCGACGGGCCUCUGCUCUACGAACUGCUCCAGUACGAGUCCUCCCUAUGAGACCUCCCCCCCCCUCCCUCCCUCCCUCCC